CUGGAGCCCCCGGUGCUGCUGGCCGACAUCAAGACGGAGCCGCCCGAGGAGCUGCUGGCCACCGACUGCGGGCAGCCGCAGGCCGAGCCCGUCGACCUCUCCCUCAACAAGGCCAAGGCCCCUCCGCCGCCGCCCGCCACGCAGCCCCCGCCGCCGCCGCCGCCGCCCCCCGUGCACUCGUCGCCCCUGCUGGUGGCGCCCCCCGUCCCCGCCGCGCCCACCGUGUCCAUCGCCUCCCCGGCGCUGGGCUCGGCCGCCUCGGCCAUCCCGGCCGUGCUGUCGCCCGGCUCCAUCCUGGCGUCGUCGCAGGGCAGCGGCGGGCAGCAGAUCCUGCACGUCAUCCACACCAUCCCCUCGGUCAACCUGCCCAGCAAGAUGGGCAACCUGCAGACCAUCCCCAUGGUGGUGCAGUCCCUGCCCGUCGUCUACACCACCAUGCCGGCCGACGGCGUCACCGCCAUCACCGUGCCGCUCAUCGGGGGCGACGGCAAGAACACCGGCUCCGGUAAGGGGCUCCCCACGCCGCAGGGACCCCCCGCUGCUUUACACACGAGACCUCAACGACGUGGCGUGGGGUGGCACCCCCACAAAGUGGCCCCCGAGCCCCCUGGGGCAUG